GACGAAAGAUCCAGGAAGCCCGGGUCGCCUCUCUUGUACCGUGAUCUCGCCUCCACCGCCACCUGUCGACACCAUCACCGACGAUGUCAUUCUGUCACCGACCUCUCCACAGAAGAGCGAGGUAUACGGAGGCAUCGGUGAGUUUGACGAAAGUGAUCUCUUGAACCCGGAAGAUGCGCCCUUUCGUUGCAUCUGCGGGUACACCUCCUUCUCGCAGCUGCUGUUCGAG